AAAUCUUGAUUUCUGUCGGAAAUCCAGCCGAUUUCCUGCCAUGGCCUCCAUGGCCUACCGCGGCUUCGACGGUGCGGGUCUGGAUGGGCGCAAGCCCGUCAGAAAGGCUGAGAUCAACGGUGAGGAGGGUGUCUACAUUGGUAGCCAAGGCUACGUGCCGCGCUUGGUUCAGGUAGAUGUGCCAUAUCAUCGCACGCCCCUGCAGGGUGGAGCCAACAGAUUGAGCCAAAAGCCUCCCACGAAGUCCUGGCUGAAGACUUUGGGAGAUGAAUGCUAUGCCCCAUCCGGCGUGAUGCUGCGACCAGAUGACUUGGUGGAUCCCAAGUACAAAACAUUACCAGCCGGCCGCACCGGGGAGCCUUGUGUCUAUGACGGCACGCGGGAUCAGCGGCACGCGGCGCCCAGCAGCUUGUUUGAUGGUCUUUGUCCGGAAAAGCUGCUGCAGGGAGCCAAAUCAACCACGGGGAAGCCUUGAUCUCGAGGCUCCCAAGCUGAGAAGGGCAUUAGAUCCGCUCUCGAUAUCUUCCCAUUGGAUGGUCUCGCUGGGAGAUGGCCUCGGC